AAUUCACAGAAGUCACUCUACACACUACACAAACAGAACCGGCAAAUUAUCGUUCUAUAUGAAACACUCACACGGUUUUGGUUGAAAUGCUGUUUGGUUCACGUACGUGCCUGCUAUAUUGCCUCUUAGUAUCCCAUCACAUUAAAUCUAUAACGAUGACUAACGAAGUCGAUACGCAGUUUGUCCGAAAAACUAAUGAUUUCGCAUUGGAACUAUAUAAGCAAAUUAUUUCCAAUGAAGAUAAAAAUAUCAUUAUCUCGCCGUUUUCCAUCAGCACCUGUUUGGCAUUUGCUGCUAUGGGGGCUGCUGGUGCAACCGCCGAUGACAUGUUUUCUGCAUUAAAAUAUGGAAGCUCUUCCGAGAAACUGAAAGUAGCAGAAAAUUACGGCAAAACAAUAGGAAGCUUAUUUGAUAACAAUAGUCUUAAAAUUGCAAACAAGAUGUAUGUUAUGGAACAGUAUUCAAUCAAGCCAGACUUUCACGACAUUGCAGUUAAUAGUUUUCAAUCGGAAGCUGAAAGUAUUAAUUUCGCAGAUAACUCCAAAGCUGCCAAAACGAUCAAUGAAUGGGUAGAAGCGAAAACUAAUAACAAAAUUCAUGAUCUUAUCUCCCCUGAUGCACUUGAUGAAUUCACCCGAAUGGUCCUCGUCAACGCGAUUCAUUUCAAAGGUACCUGGACACACCAAUUCAAUCCGGCUAGUACUCGACCAAUGCCAUUCUGGGUUAGUGCCACAGAGUCUGUAGAUGUCCAAAUGAUGAACACCAAAAAACACUUUAAACACGGAAUAUUUGAAGAAUUAGGACUAACCAUGCUUGAAUUACCCUACAGCGGAAGUGACGUUACCAUGGUAAUUUUGCUUCCGGAUGAACGGGAUGGAUUGAAACGAAUCGAAGAUACGCUCCUCAACAUCGACAUAACUGAUUUAAUGACGAAAAUGUAUACACAAGAAGUAGAAGUGUUCUUACCGAAAUUUAAAAUCGAAUUCAAUGUCGAUCUACAAGAGACACUUGAAAAGAUCGGUAUGGGAAGAAUAUUCACAGACCAGGCUGAUUUUAGCGGACUUUUGAACCAAUCAGAUCCCCUUAAAGUAUCAAAAGUAAUACACAAAGCUUUUAUUGAGGUCAAUGAAGAAGGAGCAGAAGCUGCUGCAGCAACUGGAAUGAUAGCUAUGGCGAUGUGUUAUAUCGAACCAACCAUGUUUGUCGUAGACAGGCCGUUUUACUUUGCAUUAUUUAAAAAACAGCAGAACUAUGUAAUAUUUAACGGGCGUGUUUUAAACCCUGGACAGUGAACAAAUAUUGCAUUAGGAAUUGUGCUUAAAUGUAUAUUAAAUUAUUCGAUUUUGUAAAACAAGUGUCUUAAGUCUUAAAAAGUGAAAUAGAUUAUUU